CAACAAGACAAGAAGGAGACAACAAAGAAGAAGGGAUGGCUGGGAGGAGGACAGCGUGGCACGAUGGCGGUGACGGCAACAGGGACAGGACAGAGGAGGCAACACAGAAGACCAAUGCAACGCCGGCAGCAGCAAAGGCGGCGCCUGUAGCAGUAGGAAAAGUGGCUGGAGUGCCCCUGCCACCGUCAACACCGCCACGCGAGCGCUCGGGAUCUGGGAGGUGGCGUCGACGAAGCACCAAGACCACAGCCAAAGAUAGCAACAGCAGCAGCAGGGCAACAUCAGCCACAACCACCCCACACGCAGCAACAACACCCUCCGCGACACAGCGGAAGCAGCACCACCACACACCACGCCGCGCAACGUCGGCCACCACAACGCCGGCGUCGGCGCUUGGCCGCAGCCGGAGCAGGAUCCCCAGGCGGGCCAGCUCAGAGUCGCUACACUUGCACACGACGAACGAACCCAUCGAUGAAGGAGAUCUGCACAUGUCCUCCAUGUCUGUGGCACGCGCCCCUCACACCAACAGCCUGCAGCCGGAGCAGAACAUGUUUGUGUUUGCGUCCAUGCCGCGCACGCCACCGGGAGGGGAGCGGCGUCCAGAGCCAGGCAAGACCGGCAGCAAGACCAUGGCGGGGCUGGACGACCGCCUGCUGGAACUCAAGUCGGAGUACGCGACACGCACCAGCCCACGCACCUCCCGCCCGCGCUCGGGGAACAGACCGCGAUCAGGACAGCGGCGGCCCGCGCCCGCCGUCUGGUCGCCAACCACAUCCCCAUCAUCCACCACAAAGAGCGUGCGACUGCAGACAGAUGAUGACGAGCACAAUCCUGUUGCAGAUGAUGUUGAUGAUGAUGACGAAGGGCGAGCACACGAUCACCGUCACGCAGCGUUGCCUCCACCAUCCCUGUCCUUCUCAAUGGCUGACGAUGGUACCGAGGAUGGUGUUGGUGAAGGUGCGGCGCGUGAUCUCGCUCCUGCCGCUGCCGGAACGACAACCUCCAUCAAUGUGCAAGACAACCAGGACAGGGACGCCAGCGAUGAAGAAGUAGUUGUGACGCGGCUGCAGUCACUCCAGGUCAAGGACAAGGAGCUCACAGCACCCGAUACAGAGGACCUGGGCGACGGCGACCGAAGCGAUAGGCACGUCGACGCUGCUGAUGGUGAUGGUGGUGAUCGUAUUGCUGCUGGUGGUGGUACUGAUGAUGCGACACCACGAGAACACAAUGCCGACAGCAGAGACGAUGGUGACAUGGAUAGCGACUCGGAUGCGAGCCCGCCACCGACACUGAACCUGGCUGGGUUUGUGGUGGCAGACGACACGUUCCUGCAGGACGAGAGCUGGCGGCACGCGUCCGACAGCGACGAAGACAGCGCCUCCGAUGACGACUUUGUAGUGACGCAGCCGGUGGACGAGUUUGAUGAGGAGGAGGAGAACAUGCCUGACGGUACACCCUUGCCCGCAUUGCUCGCAGGGCGUGGUGGUGGCGGCGGUGGUGGCGAUGAUGAUGAUGACGUUGACCUGUCGAGUGUGGUGGACGCAACGCGGAAAGCGCUGCAUCAGCUCACAGACGCAGAGAAGACACCCACACCGCCACGCAGGGCUCGCAACGGCCCAAGACCAACCACCGCCACCACCGCCGCCACUGCAGCUGCAAAGCGGACACCUUUUCACGCGCACACGAGCAGACACGAUGCACAUGCACUGCUGUCGUGGAUGGCAAAUGCAAACGGCAGCAAUGACACAACCCUGAGAAGAGACUCGCUUGCAUGGGGGUCCAUGUCCAACCUCACGCUGACCAGCACUGGCACGCCAAUGCCAGACGGCUUGAUGCUGGAUCAGCAGACGUGGGGCCACGAGUUUGGCGGUGACAGCGACGGUGCACUUCGGUGGUCGCCUGAACCCGUCUUUGAUCUUUACUCGCAGCAGCACAGCACCAGCCACCUGCCCAUUGCUGACGAGGGCGCGGAGGGGUACGAGGACUGGGGCGUUGAGGAACGGGGUGAGGAGCUGGGAGAAGAUGAGGGGAGGGGUGGGUGGAGGAUGGAGGAUGGCAGCGCGCAUACUCGCGUGCAUGGCGUUGAAGGGGACGCGGAAACAGCAGGGGAGGAAGCAUUGGCAAGCACACGCGAGGAGAUGGCAAGGCUGAUUGAGGGCACACACGUACGCCCAACCGAUGGGAGAACAGAACAACAACAACAACCACAGGGCAUGGAGCCACACCACCAACAACAGCAGCACCAGCGACACACAAGCGCGCGGACGCGCAGGCACACGCGCAGAAGCGCCACUGGGAGCGAAUCUGACGCUGUGACCGGUGAGGGCGCCGGUGAUGAUGGUCAGAUGGAGCUGAUUUACGAUCCGAGCCUCAACUGCUACUUCAGCCCGAGCACGGGCGAUUACUUCCAACUCGCGUGACGCACACAUGCACACACACACACACACACGCAUGCACACACCCAUACACAAACUGUCUCUCCGUCUCCCUAUCUCUCACUGAGGGACAGAGUGUGAUUGAUGGCUGUAGAGAAGUAGAUUGACAUUCGAUGAUCGCUGGCGUUUGCAUGUAUAUUGAUCCAGCAUUGCACCGUG